AUGUGGGGCACCGAAGUCUUGGCGCAGGACGUCCUUGCCCGCGUGCACGCGCUGCACCCGACGCACCGCGGCUUCCUCCUCCUGCAUGAGCCCAUGGCGCCGUCGCAUCCGAUGGACCACGUCCUGACCUCCGUGGACGAGCUCAGCUCCGUCCUCGACGACGCCGGCCCGCUCGUCCUCGUCGUCGUGCACAGCCACGGCCUCGACCUUCCGCGCCUCGUCCAGCUCAUCGCGCUCCACCAGAUCGCCUUUGUUUGGAUCGACACGGUCUCGAACGCGCCGCUGGACUUUCCGGCGCCGCCGACGACGACGGCGUACCUUCGGCUCACGCACACGUACGUGUAUGCGUCCUUUGCGUGCUCGCCGUCCGUGCACCACUGGCUCUUUCGGCCGCUGGAAGACCCCGUUAACGUCUACGGCAGCCUCGUGGCGCAGGACCUCGUGCGCCACGGCCGCGGUCUCGUCUCGGUGCCGCUCCAGCUCGCGCUGGUCGUCUUGCGGCUCUUGCACUACUCGCCGUCGAUCCUUCUCCAGAACCUUCCGCUCUUGGAGAAGAAGAUUCUGAACCUCAACACGGCGCGGCUGCGGCAAAACGUGCGGAAAGAGCUCCUCCGUGUGUACAAGUGGCCGCAUGUGCCAGACGCGAUUGCGACCUUCUUGCAGAACGAGAGCCUCUUUGGCGCCAACGACGCCGCGCCGCUGCAGCCGUCACUGCUCUUUGGUGACGCGCCGGCGUCGACCGACGGGCUCACGACCGUCGCCGCGUCGCCCGUGUGGUCGGCACAAAAGGACUUUUACAAAGCCCACGGCAUGGGCGCGUGGAGCUCGAACAUUGUGCCGUACGGCGUCUCGAGCAGCAUGUUCAUCGCUGAAGCUUACGCCCGGGUCGUGCUGCAGUUCUUCCUCGACUGCCACGGCAAAGGCAAGCUCGAUGCGACCUCGCCCAUCAACGCGUACGUCAUCGAAGGCGGCAGCGGCUGCUGCAAGUUUGGCCUCGCGUUCGCGCGCCACCUCCUCGGCCUGCUCGCGGGCUUGGAGCUGCACACGGUGAUUCGCCCGUGCAUCAUCCUCACGGACCUCAGCGUCGACGUCCUCGACUCGCGCAUUGCCCACGUCGAUUUUCAGAGUCUCGUCGCGGCGUUUCCCGGCCAGCUCGAGUUUGCGGUCCUCGACGUCGAAGACAUUAUUGCGCGGAGAGGACCGCUCUUUCUGCGAGUUGCCAACGCGCCGCUGCAGCUCGCGCCGACGACGCCGAUCUUUUUCAUUGGCAACUACUUUCUCGACUCGCUCCCAACCGACGUCUUCUUGGUCGAACCGUCGGGGCUCUCGCCGGUGCUCACGGACGAGGCCGGCGACAGCUUUGCGCCGUCGCCGCUGCCGCUUCCAGACCCGUCGACGCACUACGAGAGCGCGGCGCUGAAUGCGACGCUGCUGUCCGUGCCCCGGGGCCUGCGCGUGUCGCUCCUCCUCUUUCCCGUGCAGGCGUACCGCUUCUUGAGCGCGAUUUUGCCGCCGACGGCGCCGUUCGGGCUCCUCUUUGGCGACGCGACGGUCCACAGCUCAGAUACGUUCCACCACGUGCCCGAGCUCUCGCCGCACGCCGACUGCUUUUGUCUGCCGGUCGACUUCAGCCUCCUCGAGGCCUUUUUGAGCCAGAGCUUCCCGAAACUCACGUUCCAGUCGACUUUGCAAGUGUUUGCCGACACGUUCCAAGUGUGUUACGCGACGCACUUUCCCGACGACGCGGCCAAUCUGUCGUCGCCGCUGGUAUUUGAAGCCGAGUUGCAAGCGUUUGGCGCCAACGACUGCGACCUCAUCAUGGGCACGAUCCAGGACACGCCCGAUGCGUUCACUGCGCUCGAGCCGCAAAUGGCGCUCCUCGCGCUCUCAAAAUGGGACUACGACUGCUUUGCCGUCUUCAUGUGGCCCAUGGUGCGCCAGGUCCCCGACCAGCCGGCGCUGCGGGCGUCUGUGGCUGAGGUCGGUCUCAAGUGCUUUGAGAACGCCUACUUGCUCAAGGACGCCGGCGUCUUCAACUUGCACCUCAACAUGGCGCGCUGGCUGUACGCGAUCCAGGCGUACGAGGACGCAGCGGUGCUCCUCAAAGAGCUUGUCCAAAGCCAGGACAUCCGGGUCUUGUACCUCCUCGGGCUUGUCUGCUUCCACCUCAACGCGGUCGACAAGGCGCAUGUGCUCUUCCGCGCCUGCUUGGACAUGGGCGCCCGCGCCAAGUACCAGAAGCGCAUCGCUGUCUGCGACCACAUUCUGCGCGCCUAA